AUGAGUUGUCAGAUUUCGUGUAGGUCUCGGAGAGGAGGAGGUGGAGGAGGUGGAGGAUUCCGGAGCUUCAGCAGUGGCUCUGCUGUGAUCUCUGGAGGGAGUCGGAAAGCAACCUCCAGCUUCUCCUGCUUGAGUCGUCAUGGUGGAGGAGGUGGAGGAGGCGGAGGUGGAUGCUACUCUGGCAGUCGGAGUCUUGUUGGCCUUGGAGGGUCUAAGCGAAUCUCCAUUUCUGUGGCUGGAGGCAGUGGAAGCUUUGGCUCCGGUGGUGGAUUUGGUGGCGGAAGAGGUGGCUUCGGAGGUGGCAUUGGAGGCGGCAUUGGAGGCGGCAUCAGCUUUGGAGGAGGCAGUGGCAUCGGAGGUGGCGGCUUUGGUGGAGGUGGUUUUGGUGGAGGCCGCUUUGGAGGUGGUGGUGGCUUUGGAGGUUUUGGGGGAACUGGUGGCUUUGGUCCUGGAGGAGUCCCUGGUGGAGGCAUCCAUGAGGUAUCCGUCAAUCAGAGCCUUCUGCAGCCCCUCGACGUGAAAGUUGACCCAGAGAUCCAGAACGUGAAGUCACAGGAGCGGGAGCAGAUCAAAACGCUCAAUAACAAAUUUGCCGCUUUCAUUGAUAAGGUGCGCUUCCUGGAGCAGCAGAACCAGGUGCUGCAGACGAAAUGGGAGCUGCUGCAGCAGCUGGAUGUGGGCUCCCGUACCUUGAACCUGGAACCCUACUUCCAGGCCUACAUUGGCUCAAUCAGGAGGCACGUGGACGAGCUCACUGCAGAAAGAAAUUCACAGAACUCGGAGCUGAAUAACAUGCAGGAUCUUGUGGAGGAGUUUAAGAGAAAAUAUGAAGAUGAAAUCAACAAGCGUACAUCUGCUGAAAAUGAAUUUGUGACACUUAAGAAGGAUGUCGAUAGCUGCUUUAUGGGCAAAACAGAACUGCAAGCAAAGUUGGACCUUCUGCUCCAAGAGAUUCAAUUCCUGAGAAGUCUCUAUGAUGCGGAAAUAUCCCAGCUACAGCAGAAUGUCACCGACACCAACGUCAUUCUCUCCAUGGACAACAAUCGCGACCUGGACCUGGACAGCAUCAUUUCUGAAGUUCAGAGCCAGUAUGAGGAAAUUGCCAAGAGGAGCAAGACAGAGGCCGAGGAACUGUACCACAGCAAGUAUGAGGAGCUCCAGGUCACUGCUGUGCAACAUGGAGACAGCCUGAAUGAGCUCAAGAUGGAGAUGAGCCAGCUGAACCGCAUGAUCCAGAGGCUACAAGGGGAUAUCUCACAUGUGAAGAAGCAGUGUAAGAGUGUGCAAGACUCCAUCGCAGAUGCAGAGCAGCGGGGAGAACAUGCCAUCAAAGAUGCCAAGAACAAACUACUGGACUUGGAGGAGGCCCUGCAACAGGCCCGGGAGAACCUGGCCUGUCUGCUACGUGAUUAUCAGGAGCUGAUGAAUGUCAAACUGACCCUGGAUGUGGAGAUUGCCACCUACCGCACACUCCUGGAGGGCGAGGAGUGCAGGAUGUCCGGAGACAUCAGCAACAACGUGACUGUGUCUGUGACUAGCAGCACCAUUUCUUCAAGUGUGGCAUCCAAGGCUGGCUUUGGAGGCUACGGUGGUUCUGGAGGUAAAGGAUCCAGUUACGGCGGAGGAAGAGGAGGAGUCAGCUCUGGAAGCAGCAGUUAUGGCUCUGGAGGCAGAGGAUCAGGCUCCCAAAGUGGCGGUGGAGGAAGCUGGGGCUCUGGCAGUGGCUCUGGAGGAGGCUACAGCUCUGGAGGAGGCUCCAGAGGAGGCUCUGGCUCUGGAGGAGGCUAUGGCUCUGGAGGAGGCUCCAGAGGAGGCUCUGGCUCUGGAGGAGGCUAUGGCUCUGGAGGAGGCUCUGGCUCUGGAGGAGGCUAUGGCUCUGGAGGAGGCUCCAGAGGAGGCUCUGGCUCCGGAGGUGGUUACGGUUCUGGAGGAGGCUCCAUAGGAGGCUCUGGCUCUGGAGGAGGCUCCAGAGGAGGCUACGGUUCUGGAGGAGGUGGAUUCAGCUCUGGAGGUGGUUCCAGAGGUGGUUCUGGCUCUAGAGGGGGAGUUUCUACCUCUGAAAAGGGUGGGGCUGGCUCAGAGGAAGGUUGUGGCUCUGGUGUGACCUUUGCUUUCAGAUAA